CGUGCUGUCCGCAAGUCCUUGAAAUAAUGCCGAGCAGCUCCGGUCACUAGUAUUGCUGGCUUGUGGCCCUGGACGGGAUGCAAGACGCAAUCUUUCAAGAGAGGGCAAGCCAUCAGAAUCAACGAACUCAGGCAGAAGGCCCUUGGGCUCCUGUACAUCUUUCUUUCAUUUUUUUUCAAAUGAACAAUCGUUUGGAACAAAUAAAGGGUUAAUAGGCCAGUCAUUGCCCCGCCCUGUGGGAACCGGAGGGAGAGCAGGUUUGAAAGUUCCUGUGCGCAGAGGGGUGGCUGGAGGUGGGGGGCGCUAAAUAAUUGUGCUCGCUCCCGCACCGAUGGCGAUGCGGCGGGACCGGGUGGCCAGUGCUCGGCCAGUUCUGUGCCUAAGAGUUGGGCCUUGAGGGAUCCCCGCCUCCACGAGCUGGACCACAGGCUUUCCCAGCAAGGAAGCCGAGGCGAGAACACCGGGUGCUGCCGCCGCUGGGCCAGGGGGACUGAAGGCUGGGAGGCGGCGGUUUUGCCUUUUUCCUCUCGGCUGUCAUCCCCGAAGGGCUCGGGGACAGCGCUGGAGAGGUUGGCCUCCGAGAGUUGCACGGGGCGUUUGAGGCAUUUGUUUUUGGACCGUUUAUCUAGCAGACUACGAGGACGAUUAUGCACAGUAUCCUGUUUCAAACCACUGCCAAGGCUAUGCGAGAACGCGGUCAGGACAGCUUGGCAGGACUCGUGCUGUAUGUAGGACUCUUCGGGCACCCAGGGAUGCUGCACAGGGCCAAGUACAGCCGCUUUCGGAACGAGUCCAUCACGUCCUUGGACGAAGGCAGUCCCGGAGGGCUCCGUCGGGAGCAAGGGAUCGCCGCAGCCUCCUACCCCGCUCUGGCACCUCACUUGCCGACUGAAGAUGCCACCUUGGCGUCCCAAGAGAGCCCCACCCCACUGUGCACCUUGAUCCCGCGUAUGGCCAGCGUGAAGCUAGCCAACCCAGCUACCUUGCUGAGUCUGAAAAACUUUUGCUUGGGUACCAAAGAGGUACCCCGCCUGAAGCUCCAGGAAAGCCAAGAUCCGGCUCCCAGCAGCCCGGCUUCCCCCGAAACCAGUCUAAAUAGGUCCGGGUCUGCACCCCCACCGCAGCAGGACGUGGUGAGGCACAGGGCAACCGCUGUGACUCCCGAUGCUCGCCCCCUUCCGGGCCCUGGGGCGCCAACUCCGGGGAGCAAGCAGGACAAGCAUUUCCUGCAGCACCUGUUGGGCAUGGGCAUGAACUACUAUGUGAAGUACAUGGGCUGUAUUGAAGUGCUGCAGUCAAUGAGGUCACUGGAUUUUGGGAAGAGAACUCAAGUUACAAGGGAAGCAAUAAGUCGCCUGUGUGAAGCUGUCCCUGGGGCACAUGGAGCCAUAAAAAAGCGAAAGCCUCCAGUUAAGUUCCUAUCAACAGUUCUUGGCAAAAGUAAUCUUCAGUUUUCGGGAAUGAAUAUAAAACUGACCAUCUCAACAUGCAGCCUCACACUGAUGAAUCUUGACAACCAACAGAUUAUUGCAAAUCAUCAUAUGCAGUCUAUUUCAUUUGCCUCUGGAGGGGAUCCUGAUACUACAGACUAUGUUGCCUACGUAGCUAAAGAUCCAGUUAAUCAACGAGCCUGCCACAUACUGGAGUGCCACAACGGAAUGGCCCAGGAUGUCAUAAGUACCAUAGGGCAGGCUUUUGAACUCCGGUUUAAACAAUAUUUGAAAAAUCCUUCUUUGAGUGCUUCUUGUGAAAGUGAGGAGGUGCAUAUUGACGACCAUGCGGAGGAGAGAGAAGAUCAUGAGUAUUACAAUGAAAUACCAGGAAAGCAGCCACCUGUGGGCAUUUCAGAUGUGCGGAUCAAAGUUCAAGCCCCAGAACAAAUGGCUUAUUGCCCAAUACGGUGUGAAAAAUUGUGCUAUUUGCCUGGGAACUAGUGCAGCAGCGUGUAUGAGAACUGUUUGGAACAAAGCGGGGCAACAGGUAAUGCCCAUGAGAGAGGGGUGCAGUCCCAAAGAGACACCUCACUGCUGAAGCACACAUGUCGAGUGGAUCUCUUCGAUGACCCCUGCUACAUUAAUACACAGGCUCUUCAAAGUACACUCAGUCCUGCCCGAAAUCAAAGCUCAGCUCAGCCAACAGGCAGCCUGUGGCACCGUGAAAAAGCACCAGAAACUGUUCAGCCAGGUGCCACAGUGCAGCCUGCCAGCUCACUUCCUUUGCCACACAUUAAUCAGCAGCUGCGGGAUGAAGACUGCUACCAUGGCAAGUUGAGCAGGAAGGCGGCAGAGAGCCUCUUAGUAAAGGAUGGGGACUUUUUGGUUCGAGAGAGUGCAACAUCUCCUGGCCAAUAUGUGCUGAGUGGACUACAGGGAGGCCAAGCCAAACAUCUUCUUCUGGUGGAUCCUGAAGGCAAGGUGAGGACCAAGGAUCACGUAUUUGAUAACGUUGGCCACCUCAUCAGAUACCACAUGGAUAAUAGUUUGCCAAUUAUCUCUUCUGGAAGUGAAGUAAGCCUUAAACAACCAGUGAGAAAAGAUAAUAUUCCAGGACUUUUGCAUUUAAACAAAUGAUAAUAUAAAAUACCAUCAUGCUGAUAAUUCAAGAAAAUCCGUUUUGUGGUAGGACACAAGGAUAAUUCAAACGUGGUUUCCAGAUGAAAUAGAACACAAACUUUGAAGUGCAUCUCUUCGAGACCAUCAUGGACUAACAAAACUUGAUCAUCAGAAAAGGGGAAGAGGAUUGGUCCAUUUGAAAACAGAUUAUACAUGUGCACGGAUGUCACUUUUUAAGGCCAUAUUGCAUUAAUAACAAGCUAAAAGCACAAUUAAAAUUUCACAUGCUAAAGACAACUUUGACGAACUGCUGGGGCAGUGGUAUGUGCCUUUUAACUUGAUAAUUUGGGGACCUUUUCAUAUUGGGGAGAUUAGUUAUGAGUCUUCAUGUUCUAUAACUACAGAACCAUUUGCCAAAAAACAUUUUUCAUUGUUACAAAAAUUAGAAGCAAUUCGCUUGACUUUAUUGUAUUUUCUGUUCAGUAGCACUUUCACAGCAAUGUUAAAGUAAAUUUAACAUUGAAUUUGGA